GAGCUCCCAACUGUAAAUAUGGAUAUGGCAAUGGCGUAUCGACAAUUAUUCCAACUACAACUUCAAUCCUCCGCAUUGCGCCGACGUUGUCCCUCUUCGACACUGUACUUGAAAUGAGGAAACGAGAUCCACGAUGCAGUGCUAUACGGAGUUGACGCCACCUACGGCUGUCACGCAUUCCUUAUGCCUCCCUUUCAUCAAUGCGCAAAGCAAUAACCUCGUCGUCGCAAGAGCCUCUCUUCUACAGAUAUUCACCACCAAGCCAGUCUCUGCUGAGCUAGACAAGGCUCAAAAUGCCCAAUUGCAAUCUUUUAGAUCCGCCGAACACUACGAUUCCAGAAUCAAUGAUGACGAAGGCCUCGAGGCUUCCUUUCUUGGUGGCGAUUCCGUUCUCGUCAGAUCCGAUCGUUCUAACUAUACGAAAUUAGUGCUCGUCGCCGAGUUUCCCUUAGCUGGAACUAUCACGGGGCUCGCCCGUAUCAAGUCGAAAACAACUGCCUCCGGCGGAGAGGCUCUCUUAUUAGCGUUGAAGGAUGCGAAACUGAGCAUGGUUGAGUGGGAUCCGGAGAAGAAUUCCAUAAACACUACAUCGAUACACUACUAUGAGCAAGAAGACCUACAAGCAGCCCCUUGGGCUGCCCCUCUUAGCCAUUAUGUCAACUUUCUAGCGGCUGACCCGGGCAGUCGAUGUGCUGCUUUGAAAUUUGGCUCGCGCAGUCUUGCCAUCGUCCAGUUUAAAACUGUGGAGGAAGACAUAGAUAUGGAUGACUGGGACGAGGAAUUGGAUGGACCGAAGCCUGUCAAAGAGCAGUCUACUACGCUCGCAAAUGGAACUAGCAGCAAUGAAGAGACACCAUAUUCAACCUCAUUUGUCCUUCGACUGCCCAAUCUUGAUCCUAGCCUCAUCCAUCCCGUGCAUCUAGCCUUUCUUCACGAAUACAGAGAGCCUACUUUCGGCAUUUUGUCCUCUACCACGUCACCCUCUUUAGUUCUAGGUCGAAGAGAUCAGCUCACGUACAUGGUGUUUACUUUGGAUCUUCAACAAAAAGCUUCCACAACCAUCCUGUCAGUGACGGGCCUCCCACAAGAUCUAUUUCGAGUCAUUGCCUUGCCUGCCCCAGUCGGUGGCGCCCUUCUAGUUGGCACGAAUGAACUUAUACACAUUGACCAAUCUGGAAAGUCACAUGGUGUAGGUGUCAACCAAUUUGCGAAGCAAACUACAUCGUUUAGUUUGGUCGACCAAGCUGAGCUUGAGCUGAAGCUGGAAGGUUGUGAAGUCGAAGUCUUGUCAGCUGAAAGCGGCGAGUUUCUGAUGGUUCUGCGGGAUGGUCGUCUGGCAGUAAUCAUGUUUAGAGUCGAUGGCAGGAUAGUAUCCGGAUUAAGCCUUCGCUUAAUUGCGUCAGAGGCCGGUGGGUCUAUAAUACCAACUGGUGUUGCGACCCUGAGCAAACUGAACAAGGCUUGCAUAUUUGCGGGCAGCGAAGGAGCUGACUCGUUAGUCAUCGGCUGGACGCGUAAACAGGGCCAAUCUGGGAAGAGAAAGGCUCGUCUCCAAGACCCGUCUCUGGACGACAUUGACAUGGAUGAUGAAGAUAUGGAAGGCCUAGAAGAUGAGGAUGACCUAUACGGGGAAGACUAUGCGCCUGCUAAACAGUCAUCAAAUUCUACCAGCACCUCAGGUGGUAAAACGGGGGAGCUUGUUUUCCGUGUACAUGAUCGCCUUGUCAGUAUCGCGGCUAUUAGGGACUUCGCGAUUGGACAGGCAAUUCCAUCCACCAAGGAAGACCAAGCAAAUCAAAUUGGUGUCACGAGUGAUCUCAGCUUUGUUUGCGCAUGCGGCGAGGGUAACGCUGGCUCGAUUGCUGUAAUCAACCGAGAAAUACAGCCAAAAGUCAUUGGCCACUUUGAGUUUCCCGAAGCAAGGGGUUUCUGGACGAUGGCUGCACAGAAGCCUAUACCGAAAGCAUUACAAGGUGAUAAAGGGGCUACAUCUAUAGGAGGAGAGUAUGAGACAUCUGCACAGUACGACCGUUACAUGAUUGUGCCCAAGGUUGAUCUAGACGGGUAUGAGACGUCUGACGUAUACGCCUUGACAGGCGCCGGAUUCGAAGCUUUGACCGGAACAGAAUUUGAACCAGCUGCUGGCCUCACCAUUGAAGCUGGAACUAUGGGUAACCAUAUGAGAAUUAUCCAAGUUCUCAAGACUGCUGUGCACUGUUACGACGGGGACUUUGGACUGACCCAAAUUCUGCCGAUGCUCGAUGAGGAAACAGGUGCAGAACCUAGAGUUGACAGUGCCAGUAUAGCAGAUCCCUUUCUCUUGCUAGUCCGAGAUGACGCCAGUGUCUUCAUCGCCAAGAUUUUCAAGAACCUAGAACUUGAAGAACUAGAAAAGGAGGAUUCGGUCCUUACCUCGACCAAGUGGGCUACCGGCUGUCUAUAUGAGGAUCGAUCUGGCAUAUUUGCUGGAGCCCACAGCGACGAAGGCGCGAAGACCGACGAAAACAUAGUGAUGUUUCUGCUCAGCAAGGCAGGGGCACUACACGUGUAUGCUUUACCCGAGCUAUCGAAACCCGUUUACGUUGCUGAGGGAUUACCCUUCGUGCCACCGCUCCUCUCAGCCAACUAUGCAGCAAGACGAGGUACUGCCAAAGAAACCAUCAAGGAGAUAUUGGUGGCUGACCUUGGUGAUAUGACAUCCUCAUACCCGUACUUAAUUGUCCGACAUGACAAUGACGACGUGACAAUAUACCAACCUUUCCGUAUACCUUCAACCAAUACACAGGAACUCUCCACGACACUUCAGUUCCAAAAGCUGCCCAAUCCUGUUUUAGCAGAUGAUCCAGAGCCGCCGGCAGACGAUGAAGAUGAUGAAAUAAAACGACCUACCCUAAUGCGACGUUGUGACAACAUUGCCGGGUAUAAGACGGUCUUCCUUCCGGGUGAUUCACCAAGCUUCAUUUUAAGAUCAUCUAAGACUCUACCUAAGGUCCUCAGGUUACAAGGCGGCGGCGUUCGAGGCAUGAGCUCAUUCCACACCGAAGGAUGCGAGCGUGGAUUUAUAUACGCAGACUCUAAAGGUAUCGCACGGGUAUCCCAGAUACCGAUUCGCAACACCACAUACGCCGACAUAGGCAUGUCUCUUAAGAAAAUACCCCUUAAUUCCGAUAUACACUCUAUCACUCAUCACCCUCCGUCCGGUACCUAUGUUGUGGGGUGUGAUACUCGCGAGCCCUUCGAGCUACCAAAAGAAGACGAUUAUCAUAAAGAAUGGCAACAUGAAAAAGAUCUCCCCUUAAAACCUACGGUGGGACACGGUUCCAUCAAACUGAUCAACCCUAGUACCUGGACCGUCAUCGAUAAUAUUGAGCUGGAGCCUUGCGAGAUAGUGAUGUGCAUCGAGACACUCAAUCUCGAAGUCUCGGAGUCGACUAAUGAGCGAAAACACCUCAUCACGGUUGGCACAGCCGUAUCUCGUGGCGAAGACCUUCCCAUCAGGGGUAGAGUUCUCGUGUACGAUAUCGUAACAGUCAUUCCGGAGCCAGGGAAGCCCGAGACCGACAAGAAACUCAAACUCGUUGCGAACGAGGAGAUUCCCCGCGGUGCGGUCACAGCUCUUUCCGAGAUAGGGACACAGGGUCUGAUGUUAGUUGCCCAGGGCCAGAAAUGCAUGGUCCGUGGUUUGAAAGAAGACGGAACCCUGCUUCCCGUCGCGUUCAUGGACAUGAGCUGCUACGUAACCACGGUCCGCGAGCUGAAAGGAACGGGCCUCUGCUUGAUGGCCGAUGCGGUAAAAGGAGUUUGGUUCACGGGCUACACGGAAGAACCUUAUAGGAUGGUGCUCUUCGGGAAAAGCUCUACCAAGCUGGAAAUCCUAACGGUGGACUUCCUACCAGAUGGAGACGAGCUGUUCAUAGUGGCCUGCGACUCGGACGGUGGGAUCCAUAUCCUCCAGUUCGAUCCCGACCAUCCCAAAUCCCUCCAAGGCCACCUACUCCUCCACCGCACCACCUUCUCCGCCGGCGCGCACCCCCCGACGCGCAGCAUGCUGCUCCCGCGCACGCUGCCCGCGGACUCGGAGUACCUCAGCCAGCACAUCAACAACGCAACCGCCAACGCAUCGUCCGACCCGGACUCGCACCCCGCCCCGCCUUCGCUCAUCCUCUUCUCCUCGCCGACGGGCGCGCUCUCGUGCCUCGCGGCCCUGUCGGAGCCGCAGUACCGCCGGCUCUCGUUCCUCACCGGCCAGGUGCUGUCGUCGCUGCCGCACCAUGCGGGCCUGAACCCGAAGGACUACCGCGCGCCCGCGUCGUCGGGCGCCGUCGGCCGGUUCCCGCCCGCCGUCGACGCGGGCAUGGGCCGCAGCAUCGUCGACGGCGCGCUGCUCGCCCGCUGGAACGAACUCGGCGCCGGUAGACGCGCGGAGAUCGCCGGGCGAGUGGGGUUCGCGGGCGUGGACGAGGUUAGGGAUACGUUGAGGGAGGUCCUUGGUGCGGCGGGGUUGGGGUAUUUGUGAGAGUUGAAGAGUGUAGAUGCAAGGAUGAAGAUGAGGAUGAGGAUAAGGAUGUUGUGUAAGCGGUAUAUAGCGCGUCUAGCUAGGUAGGUAGCUAGAUGGGCUACCCGCCUGUCUAGGUACGUAGGUUUGCAAUCAAUAGGAAUCUUGAGAGCUAGCGCGAGUGUCAAUCAGAACGCGAGUUCAUUCGUCUAAGCUAUUCUCCUGAAACAAAACUUUAAUUAGACGUAACUUGAUUAUUUUGCGUUCGACUUAACUUAGCGGAAUUACGGGGGAAGCUUCACAUAGGCAGUGUUCGAAUAAUAUCGAAAUUUCCAGAGCCAGGUAGAAUUAAUGGUCAUUACAUAAGGGUUGGUUGCCCCCUUUCAUGUUCAUGCUGUCUGUGAGCAAUCUUGUAAAGAGCUAUCUGGGAGCGCAGCUGCUGGGGGAAACUUUCAUCCGACAUUGAUGCAGCGCGACGAGAAAAAAUCCUCCAGAUACAAUUCGUUCGUACACUCAUUCUGCCCAAUCGAUCUUAUCAUAAGCUC